UUGUCUCCCUCACUCCCUAUAAAUACUGCCACUAACCCCAUUCCAGUUCCACAUCCAAAACAAACAGUCUUUCAACUCUUACAAACACACACAUCAAAAUCUCAACCAUGUUUGACACUGCUGGCAAGGUUAUCAAGUGCAAAGCUGCGGUUGCCUGGGAAGCUGGGAAGCCGCUGGUAAUUGAGGAAGUGGAGGUGGCACCACCCCAGAAACAUGAAGUCCGAUUGAAGAUCCUCUUCACUGCCCUGUGCCACACUGAUGUAUACUUCUGGGAAGCAAAGGGACAAAAUCCACUGUUCCCUCGGAUUUUAGGUCAUGAAGCUGGAGGAAUUGUGGAAAGCGUAGGCGAGGGUGUAACUGAACUCCAACCGGGAGACCAUGUCCUCCCAGUGUUCACUGGAGAGUGCAAGGAGUGCACACAUUGUAAGUCAGAGGAAAGCAACAUGUGUGAUCUCCUAAGGAUCAAUACCGAUAGGGGUACUAUGCUUAGUGAUGGCAAAACCAGGUUUUCCAAGGAUGGAAAGCCAAUUUAUCACUUUGUUGGUACCUCUACAUUCAGUGAAUACACUGUUUCACAUGUUGGUUCCAUUGCGAAGAUCAACCCUGCAGCACCUCUUGACAAAGUUUGUGUUCUUAGUUGUGGAAUUUGUACAGGUUUCGGUGCCACUGUAAAUGUUGCAAAGCCAAAAAAGGGUUCAUCUGUUGCCAUUUUCGGAUUGGGUGCUGUUGGUCUUGCUGCUGCUGAAGGUGCAAGGGUUUCAGGGGCUUCAAGGAUCAUUGGAGUUGAUCUCAACUCCAACCGAUUUGAGGAAGCCAAGAAGUUUGGGGUGAAUGAAUUUGUGAAUCCAAAAGAUCAUAAGAAACCUGUUCAGGAGGUGAUAGCUGAGAUGACUAAUGGUGGAGUUGAUAGGAGUGUCGAGUGCACUGGAAGCAUCCAGGCUAUGAUCUCUGCCUUUGAAUGUGUUCAUGAUGGAUGGGGGGUUGCUGUACUUGUUGGAGUGCCAAACAAAGAUGAUGCGUUCAAAACCCAUCCGAUGAACUUUUUGAACGAGAGGACUCUUAAGGGUACUUUUUAUGGUAACUACAAGCCCCGCACUGACCUCCCUGGUGUUGUGGAGAAGUACAUGAACAAGGAGCUGGAAUUGGACAAAUUCAUCACUCACUCUGUUCCUUUCUCUGAGAUCAACAAGGCAUUCGACUACAUGCUGGCAGGAGAAGGAAUCCGGUGCAUCAUCCGCAUGGAGCAUUAGAUCAGUUUCACUUUGCUUGUUCUUAUCUUAAUAAAAAGAGUUUAUAUAUAUCGUCUAUGUGGUAUGGAAAAGAAUAAACUUUGGUUAUGGAAUUUCAAGACUUUACUAAUUUGUUAUAGUUGGAGAUUUGCCCUUUUAAAUGAUAUUGUUAAUGUCUUAAUGAGAAGUGUUUUGUUCUGCCUC